AUCGGCUAAUCUUCACUUCUUCAGUUCACUCUUCGCUUCGCCGCUUCGGUCCGCCGCUUCGGUCUUCCUUCUGCUUCCUCUACAAUUGCCCAAAUUGCUUGCUGUCUCUAGCUCCUUCACCCUUAAUCUGCUCCGUCUCUAGCUGAUCCAUAGCAAUCAGCAAAAAGGAAGCAUGAAGUUUCUGUUUUUCUACUCACCGCACCGCUUCUAAGUUCUAAGCCAAAAAAAACUCUGGAGUCUGGAAUCAAUCACGGACAGUGAUCUAUGGAGCAACUCAAUUCCCUUUGUUUCGAUUCUCAGCUGCUAUCCAUCAAUUAAUCAACAGCUUUAGGGACAAAAUUUAUGAUCGAGUCUUGUACAGCAUUACCAGCACUGAAAGUGAACCUGCCGAGUUGAAACGUUUUCCCAUUCUAUUGCACUCCUGAAAGGCCUCAAUCUUAUACCAGGUGCUGUUGGUUUAAUUUGUGCAGUCUUUAGCUCAAGAGGUAUUAAAGCAUAGCAGAUCUCAUUGACCUGUUUCCCUGCGUUUUGCUUGGAGUGUGGUUGGUUUGGAUUUCUUGCUUUGACCCAAAUAGUCCACGCAAAAGGAGGUUAGGCAGAAGAAAUGCUGCCUGCUAAAUCCCUCCCUCUCUCCUCCGCUUUGAUAAAGGCACCCAAAUCUCCUGAUGCUAAUCUCACCUCAACAAACUGCAUAGGCAUCAACAAAUGGAUUACGAAAAAGUAUACCAAUCCUUCUCUUAGUUUUCGGAGCUCCUGCCACGGGACUUCAUCAGAACCUGUAGUUGUACCUGAAGCACGUUCCAUAUCAGCACAAAAAAGAGUCAAUAUCCUUCCGGAGGCGCUGCCUUAUAUAGAAAAGUUCCAUGGCAAGACAAUUGUGGUCAAAUAUGGAGGUGCAGCCAUGAAGUCUGAGGCCCUUCAAGCUUCUGUAAUGUCUGACUUGGUUCUUCUCUCUCGUGUUGGUCUUCGCAUUGUCAUGGUCCAUGGUGGGGGUCCUGAAAUCAACCAGUGGCUUGGUAGGUUGGGCUCGAAGCCCAAGUUUGUGAAUGGAAGUCGUGUCACUGAUGCAACAACCAUGAAAAUUGUUUCGAUGGUAUUGGCGGGUGAAGUGAACACACAUCUUGUUGCCUUAAUCAACAAGGCAGGGGCUUCUGCCGUUGGCUUAUCUGGUAUGGAUGGCCGUCUUUUGACUGCCAGGCCUUCCCAAAAUUCUGAUCAGCUUGGCUUCGUUGGUGAUAUAGCCACUGUGGACCCCACAGUGCUUCGACUACUCAUUGACAAUGGUCAUAUCCCAGUCAUUGCCUCUGUAGCUGCUGACAAGACAGGCCAGUCAUACAACAUCAAUGCAGACAUAGCUGCAGGUGAGGUUGCUGCGGCCUUGGCAGCAGAGAAGUUAAUUCUUUUGACUGAUGUGGCUGGAAUUCUAGAGGACCAAGGUGACCCAGGAAGUUUGGUGAAGGAAUUAGAUAUCCAAGGGGCGAGGAGGAUGAUGAAUGAUGGGAAGAUUGCAGGUGGGAUGUUUCAAAAGGUGGAUUGCUGCGUGAGGUCCGUAGCUCAAGGUGUCAGGACUGCAACUAUACUUGAUGGACGAGUACAGCACUCAUUACUCCUUGAGAUUCUCACUGAUGAAGGAGUAGGAACAAUGAUCACUGGAUAAAUUGGAGAGCUUGCACACUGUUUAAAGCUUACAUUUGUUAACCACUUUAGAAGAUAUUCAAUCUAAAAUGGCAAUCUGGAAAUAUAGCUUGCAGUGCUUGAACAGCCAAUGAAGAAAAAAGUUCUUCACUUGUGAGUUUCAGUCCUUAAGCUCUUGAAACUAUUCACAUGUUUCUGCUAAUAGUGGUUGGGGUAAAUCACUUCUGUGGCUAGAUUGGUUCUGCUUUUUGGUUUUCAGUUUCCUCCCUCCUUUUAGGUGCGCAGUGCUCUACGUGCCUGAUAAUUCUACCAUAUACCCUUUUUGUAGCUUGUGUUCGGUUAUACUAUAUACUAAAUAUUUUAUUUGCUAUUGAGCUUCUUUAUUUUUUUUUCUUUUGUUUUUUUCCCCUCGAGUUGUUGCAUUUUAGCUGCAUUUCCUUGGAAUGUAAGAAAUCUAGCAUCGCUUUGGAUCUUGUACAAGUCUUGACAAUAGAUUGAUAUAUUUGUGCUCUGUCA